AUGGACGACGUGCGGGUGCAGUGGCUGGGCGUCCGGCUGCAGAGCUCGCUGGGCGUCAAGGACGAGUCGCCCUUCGAGGAGCUGCUCAACCGCAACGACGGCGAGGAGGCCGAGAACCUCCUGCGCUACCUCAACCUGAGCGCCGAGGAAGGGGAGCCCGCCGCCCUCUUCUUCCGCCAGGAGAUGCGCCUGGAUGAGGUCGACUUCGAAAUCGAUGUCCCGUAUGAUGAAGUUGGUGAUGAUGAAGACAAUCGUUUGGAGAAAUUGGGAGGGGGCUCCUCAACCUCAGUUGAAGAAGGAAAGAAAGAGCGAAAAAGAAAAAUCUCUCUUUCAGAAGUUGGAGAAAAGCCGGUGGCAGACCGUUCUUCUGCUGUCUCCGUUGGGGAAGGGAUCGAUGAGAUAGAGCAUGAGCUGGGCAUGGGAGAUACAAGAGUUCGGUUUUAUAAAAAAAUAAUCAAACAAGAGGUCUAUAACCUGUAUUAUCACAUGGCUUUGAAUGACGUCCCGGAAGACUUUGUGGAAAGUGACUCCGUGUUUUUUCUCAGAGACACUGCAGAGACCAUUUUUGAACCUAACGACUUGAUUGAAGCGAAUGAUGUCUUGCCAGACGUACUGGAGUACGGCAUACUAAAUGGUCAUACCUUGGUGAUGCUCAAGCAGUUAUUUGCGCUGGUCUUUCUGCCUGCAAUGUGCCAUAACCGAUAUGAGGCGGGUGAGUACCCAGAAUCUGAAAAGGCAGAAGGUGAAGAUCCACAAUCUGUUGUGAAGUUGAAGAAGAAGUCAAUAGUAUUGGACAGCAUUCAGAUCCUAAGGAAUGAGUUCUUAAUGAAUAUGCAGAAAUUCCUAAACCACAUUCAGAGAACCAUACAACAGAUUGAAGGAGAAAUUAAGUUAGAGCUGCCAACCAUAUGUUUGGACGGUGAUGUGAACCACCUUGCCUGUGAUCAAGACGUAGUUGAAACACUGGAAACACAUGUACAUAGUUGGAUCAUGUUAAUAUCUUCAGCAGAUGAAGGGUUACUGAGAAAGGUCCCCCAGGGGAACGGCCCGCUGGCAGAGAUUGACCUGUGGCGCGAAAGAAACGCUACUUUGAGUGCCCUCACUGAGCAGAUCAAACUGCCCAUAGUCAAGAAGGUCUUGCAAGUGCUCGACAUUGCCAACACUGGCACAGUGGAAAGUUUGCAGACCGUCAUCAACGAACUUUGCAAGCACCACGUGGAGGCAGUGGACAACGUGCGGUUCCUUUCCACUCUUGAGCGACACCUGAAGAAUUUGACACAUGGCACUGGCUUCAGUGUUGUCUUGGAUACGAUUCCUUCACUGAUGAAUGCCUUGAGAAUGGUGUGGAUUAUUUCGCGGCAUUACAACAAGGACGAGAGGAUGAUCCCCCUCAUGGAACGGAUCGCCUGGGAGAUUUCAGCAAGGGUCUGCAAAGUCGUGGAUCUACGGACUUUGUUCAAGGAAGACAGGCAGCUCGCAAAAAUCAAGAUGACAGAAGCCAAACGCACACUCGAAGUUUGGAAGGAGUCUUAUUUUGAUAUCCGUGCCAAAAUCGAAGCUUCGGGAAGAGACGCGCGAUGGGAAUUUGACAGGAAACGCUUGUUUGAAAAAACAGAUUAUAUGGCUUUAAUCUGCCAGGACCUCUAUAAUGUGCUGCAGGUUAUGGAGGAGUUUAACAACAUCUUUGGUCCUGAACUGAAAGCUGUCACUGGGGAUCCAAAGCGAAUCGAUGAAGUCUUGCGAAGAGUUGAUGGCCUUGUCAGCCCUAUGGAGGUUCUGAUUUUUGAGCCUUUCAACAUCAGAUGUUCAACCCAGUGGAAGAUGGUUAUGGAAGAAUUUAAGGUGGAGGUUUUGGAUAUUGAAAAAGAAGCAAAGAGCUUCAUUGAUGAGUCCUUUAAGACUCUUCGCUCCGCAGAAGCUGCAUUUGACAUGCUCUUAAAAUUCAAGCACAUUCGUUCUCGAGAGGCCAUCAACAAGCAGAUGAUGAUGAAGUUCAAUGACAUUCUGGCACAGUAUUGCAAAGAGCUUGACAUAGUUAAUAACAUCUUUGUCAGUAAUCUCGUCAACCCACCUUUGUGCAAGAAUCACCCUCCAGUGGCAGGAUCAAUUUAUUGGGCACGGUCCCUUUUCUACCGUAUCAAGCACACCAUUGUUCGAUUUCAAGAAGUAGAGGAGCUGCUGGCUAGUGAGCGUGGAAAAGAGGUGAGACAACGAUACCUUGAAGUGGCAAAGAGGAUGAAAGAAUAUGAAGAUACAAAAUACGACCAGUGGAGAGACAAUGUAGAAGAUAAGCUCCCCAUCUUAUUAAAAAAAACCCUCCUUGCUAAAGUUCAUCCUUCUGGGGCUAUUAUUCAGGCUAACCCAGAAACCCGGGAGCAGACCCCACGUUCCGAAGACAUGGACACUGGAGAGAAAAUGACCCGUUUCACGGUCAACUUUUCUCCCAAGCUUCGAGAGAUCAUCAACGAAACGAAGUACAUGGAACACCUGGGGUUUCCUGUGCCCGAAUUAGCAAGGAACGUGGCACUACAGGAGGACAAAUUGCUCAGAUAUACUGAUAACAUUAAACAGAUGCUGGAUCGUUAUCACAAAUUAGUGGGAACACUGAAUGAGGCAGAGAUCCAGCUCCUAGAUGAACAUAUUCAAGAACUGUGGCGGGUUUUCAGAUCUGGUUACAAGAGGCUCAACUGGAACUCCUUAGGUAUUGCUGACUACAUUGUGCGGUGCACCCAAGCCAUUGGGAAAUUUGAAUCGCUUGUUCAUCAGAUUCAGAAGAAUGCCGAAGACAUGUCCAAUAAGCUUUUAUUAAUAGAAUCGACCAAUCUGUUCAAAAGCCCAACUUCCAAAAGUGAAGAUUAUCUUCCCGGAGUGAAAGAAUACUUUGAGUAUAUUAAGCAUGAAAGAUCCAGGGAUGUUGAACACAUGGUUCGCAAGUACGUCUCCAUCGGCCCGCUGCUCACAAAAAUGGAGGGGCUUGUGAUGAACACCAACACCGGCAGGGCUGCAAGGCUGUUUCAUUAUUAUGCCUUUUGGGAAAAGAAAGUUUAUCAGAGUUUGACCAACCUGGUCCUGAAAAAUUUGCAGAAUUUCAACGCAGCAGUGAUGGGGAAUAAUCCAGUGUUUCAAGCUGAAACCAUUUUAUCUGCUCCUGAAAUCAUCCUCCAACCAAAUACUGCUGAAAUUGAGAAAAUGUGUGUGCAUUGCAUUCGAGAUUGUGUGGAGAUUACCAAGUUGUUUGUUCGCUGGAUGCACGGCACCUGCAUCGACUGCCCGCCGCAGCAAACCGGCGACGACGAGCCCGUCAUCUUCAGCUUUUACAGCGAUAUCUCCCAGAACCCUUUAAUCAUCGAACAGGCCAUCCUCGUUACCCAGAACAUGCACAAGCUCCUGGGCAACCUGUCAAAGUACUUGAACCGGUGGAAAAGGUACCGGCCGCUGUGGAAGCUGGACAAGGCCAUAGUGAUGGAGAAGUUUGCGGCCAAAAAGCCAGCCUGCGUGGUCUUUGAUGAGAAGCUGCAGUUCUACGUGAAGGUAGCCCAAGAAGUGAUUCAGCAGCCCAUGAUCAAAGACGAGCAGUGCAUCCGCCUCCUGCUCGGGCCUCUGGCUUACACCGUGCAGGAAAAUGCCAAAGGCUGGGUGAAUUCCCUUGGGAAGCUGCUCAAUGAAUCGGCCAAGGAGGAGCUUUACAGUCUCCAAGAAAACAUUGAGAGAUUAUCACAUAACCUCAAGACGACUCCCAGUACCUUGGAAGAUCUCAAAUUUGUCCUGGGCACAAUUGCUGAGAUUAAAGAUAUGUCUUUAGAAGUGGAACUCCAGUACUUGGAUAUUCAGGAGAGAUACCGCACUCUUGCAAUGUAUGACUUCCCAACGACAGAAGAAGAACGGGAUCUGGUGGAUAAGAUAAAGCUAAUGUGGGAUACACUCUUUUCUGAUGCAUCAGGAGUUGAUCACAGCCUUUCAAGUAUCAAAAAGACAUUUACUGAGAUCACAAGGGAGCAGAUUGGAAAUUACAGUAAGGAAAUUGAUGAUUUUUACCAAAGAUUUAUUAAUGGAGGGCCAGGUUCUGUCGGCGAGAAUCUUGAUCGAGGAUUAGAGCUCAUGGUAGUUUUUGAAAAAGAACUGGAGAAACACGAGAGAAACCGUCAGGAGCUGGCAAAUGCUGAAAAGCUGUUUGACCUUCCAAUCACAAUGUAUCCUGAUAUGAUGAAAAUCCAAAAAGAUAUGAAGGGCCUGAGGCAGAUCUAUGAAAUCUAUAAGCUGCAGCGGGCUGCUAAAGAGGAAUGGUCUCAGACCCUGUGGGUGAACCUCAACGUGCAGGUGCUACAGGAAGGGAUCGAAGGGUACUUGAAAACCCUUCGCAAAUUGCCCAAACAAGUCCGGAGUGUGCCUGUCGCGUAUCACCUGGAAAUGAAGAUGAAGGCCUUUAAGGACUCGAUUCCUUUGCUGCUGGAUUUGAAAAACGAGGCCUUAAGAGAGAGGCACUGGAAAGAACUGAUGCGCCGAACCGACACAAGUUUUGACAUGGCAACGGAGACGUUCACUCUGGAGAAUAUGUUUGCCAUGCAGCUGCACAAAUACUCUGAUGUUAUCAAUGAGAUUGUUGGUUCUGCUGUCAAAGAACUUAGCAUUGAGAAGGGAGUAAAGGAAAUAGUAGAAACCUGGGAGAACAUGAAGUUUACCGUGGUAAGGUACUUCAAAGGUACUCAGGAACGGGGCUUCAUUUUGGGACCCGUAGAUGACAUAAUUCAGAUCCUGGAUGACAACGCAGUCAAUCUCCAAAGUAUUUCUGGGAGCAGAUUUGUAGGUCCUUUCUUGGCAACUGUUCACAACUGGGAAAAAACCCUCUCCCUGAUUGGUGAAGUGAUUGAGGUCUGGAUGGUUGUUCAGCGAAAAUGGAUGUACCUGGAAAGCAUCUUUAUUGGGGGAGACAUAAGAUCUCAAUUGCCUGAGGAAGCUAAGAAGUUUGACAACAUUGACAGGAUAUUUAAAAGGAUAAUGGCGGAAACAGUCAAAGAGCCAGUGAUAAAGAAGUGCUGUGAAGCGCCAAAUCGUCUUUCGGACCUUCAGAAUAUAAGCGACGGCCUGGAGAAGUGCCAGAAAAGCUUGAAUGACUACCUGGAUUCCAAGAGAAAUGCUUUCCCCAGAUUCUUCUUCAUAUCAGACGAUGAACUGCUAAGCAUUCUUGGCAGCAGUGACCCUCUGUGUGUUCAGGAGCACAUGAUCAAGAUGUAUGACAAUGUAGCUGCCUUGAAGUUCCAUGAGGACGACACUGGUAUUAAGAUAGCCUCGGCUAUGAUUUCUGCUGAAGGUGAAGUGAUGGAGUUCCGGAAGGCUAUCCCAGCUGAAGGCAGAGUGGAGAACUGGAUGACUGCUGUCCUUGUUGAAAUGAGGAGGACCAACAGGCUUGUUACUAAAGAAGCCAUCUUUCGGUACUGUGAGGACAGAAGCAGAGUUGACUGGAUGUUGAUGUACCAAGGCAUGAUGGUGCUGGCUGCCAAUCAGGUUUGGUGGACCUGGGAGGUGGAAGACGUCUUUCGGAAAGUGAAGAAGGGAGAAAAGCAGGCGAUGAAAAACUAUGCCAAGAGAAUGCACCAGCAAAUCGACUCGCUGGUCACCCGAAUCACCAAGCCGCUAAGCAAAAAUGACAGGAAAAAAUACAAUUCCGUUCUCAUCAUCGAUGUCCAUGCAAGGGAUAUAGUGGAUACAUUUGUGAGAGACAGCAUUAUGGAAGCUCGCGAAUUUGAGUGGGAAAGCCAGCUGCGUUUUUAUUGGGAUCGAGAGCCCGAUGAACUCAAUGUGCGGCAGUGCACUGGCACCUUUUCUUAUGGCUAUGAAUACAUGGGUUUAAAUGGACGGCUGGUCAUCACACCACUUACAGACCGGAUAUAUCUAACGCUCACACAGGCCUUGUCCAUGUAUUUGGGUGGAGCCCCUGCAGGUCCAGCAGGAACUGGGAAGACCGAGACAACCAAAGAUCUUGCCAAAGCUUUGGGUUUGCUUUGUGUAGUCACCAAUUGUGGGGAAGGCAUGGAUUUCAAGGCAGUGGGUAAAAUUUUCUCUGGCCUGGCCCAGUGUGGAGCUUGGGGUUGCUUCGAUGAAUUUAAUCGGAUCGAUGCUUCUGUACUUUCGGUCAUCUCCUCACAGAUUCAGACCAUUCGAAACGCUUUGAUGAACCAACUGAAAACAUUCCAGUUUGAAGGGCAAGAAAUUUCCCUGGAUCCUCGAAUGGGCAUUUUUAUCACCAUGAAUCCCGGCUAUGCAGGCCGUACUGAGCUCCCUGAAUCCGUAAAGGCUCUCUUCAGGCCUGUAGUUGUAAUUGUGCCAGAUCUCCAGCAAAUCUGUGAAAUCAUGCUGUUUUCCGAAGGGUUUCUUAUGGCAAAGACUCUGGCCAAGAAAAUGACAGUGCUGUACAAACUGGCACGAGAACAGCUUUCUAAGCAGCAUCACUAUGAUUUUGGGCUCCGGGCUCUGAAGUCAGUCCUGGUGAUGGCUGGAGAACUAAAAAGAGGCUCACCGGAUCUCAGUGAGGAUGUGGUCCUGAUGAGAGCUCUACGAGACAUGAACCUCCCCAAAUUUGUUUUUGAAGACGUUCCUCUUUUCCUUGGCCUGAUCUCUGACCUGUUUCCUGGACUAGAUUGCCCUCGAGUGCGCUACCCUAGAUUUAACGAUGCUGUUGAGCAGGUGCUGGCUGAAGGAGGCUAUGUCGUUCUGCCAAUUCAGGUGGAUAAAGUUGUCCAAAUGUAUGAAACGAUGCUGACUCGUCACACCACGAUGGUCGUUGGACCAACAGGAGGCGGCAAGUCUGUGGUCAUCAACACCUUGUGUCAGGCUCAGACCAAGCUGGGAUUGCUGACCAAGCUUUACACCCUGAACCCCAAGGCCAUGAGUGUCAUUGAGCUGUACGGUAUCCUAGACCCCACCACACGAGACUGGACCGAUGGGGUUUUGUCCAACAUCUUCAGGGAAAUCAAUAAACCCACUGACAAAAAAGAGAGAAGGUACAUCUUGUUUGAUGGGGACGUGGAUGCGCUCUGGGUAGAAAACAUGAAUUCCGUGAUGGAUGAUAACAAGCUGUUGACCUUAGCAAACGGGGAGCGGAUCAGACUUCAGGCCCACUGUGCCCUUUUGUUUGAGGUCGGAGACUUACAAUAUGCCUCACCUGCAACAGUAUCACGCUGUGGGAUGGUCUUUGUGGACCCAAAGAAUUUGAGAUACACCCCUUAUUGGGAGAAAUGGACAAAUGAAAGGAGCAAGCAAGAACAACAGCUGCUGGAUAGGCUCUUUAAAAAAUACGUGCCCUACCUGAUUGACAUGAUCGUAGAAGGCAUUGUUGAUGGGCGGCAAGGGGAGAAACUGAAGACCAUUGUCCCACAGACAGACUUAAACAUGGUGACCCAGCUGAGUAAGAUGCUGGAUGCCCUGCUAGAACAGGAGAUCGACGACCCCGAUGUGCUGGAGUGCUACUUCCUGGAAGCUUUAUAUUCCUCCUUAGGCGCCUGCCUCCUUGAUGCUGGGAGAGCAAAAUUCGAUGACUUCAUUAAACGUCUCUCCUCUAUGUCAACGGUUAAUGACGAGAUGACUCUAGCAAAACCAGGAGAGCUGCCCGGCCAGCUCCCAACGUUAUAUGACUUUCACUUUGAGGGGCGUAUGAAAAAGUGGGUGCCUUGGAGCAAAUUGGUCCCCGAAUAUAUCCACUCACCCGAAGUGAGAUUUAUUGACAUUCUGGUUCCUACGGUGGACACAACUCGCACAAACUGGCUACUGGAAAAGAUGGUGAAAAUCAAACACCCGGUUGUUUUGGUUGGAGAAUCUGGAACAUCCAAGACGGCAACAACACAGAAUUUUCUCAAAAAACUAAAUCAAGACACAAAUGUGCUGCUAAUCAUUAACUUCUCCUCUCGCACGACUUCAAUGGAUAUUCAGAGGAACUUAGAAGCCAACGUGGAGAAGCGGACCAAGGAGACCUACGGGCCCCCAAUGGGAAAACGUCUCCUUGUCUUCAUGGAUGAUAUGAACAUGCCCAGGGUUGAUGAAUACGGGACCCAACAGCCCAUCGCCUUGCUGAAGUUACUCUUAGAGAAAGGUGCCUUGUAUGACCGGGGCAAGGAGAUGACCUGCAAGUACCUUCGUGACCUCGGCUUUGUCGCGGCCAUGGGCAAAGCCGGGGGAGGCCGCAAUGAAGUUGACCCUCGGUUCGUUUCGCUGUUCAGCGUUUUCAACGUUCCUUUCCCUUCAGAAGUCUCCCUGCACUUGAUUUAUGCCUCCAUUUUAAAAGGCCACACUUUGAGUUUUAAUGAAUCUAUAGCUGCGGUUGCGGACAAGAUGACCACAGCUACAUUGGAACUUUAUCAGAUGAUAGUCCGUGACUUACCUCCGACUCCUUCAAAAUUCCAUUACAUUUUUAACCUGAGGGAUCUGUCUAGGGUUUACAAUGGACUCGUUCAAACAACCCCAGAACGGUUCCAAACAGUCACCCAGAUGGUGAGAGUAUGGAGGAAUGAGUGCCUGCGAGUUUUCCAUGACAGACUGAUUAAUGAAAUAGACAAAGCGCUGGUCCAAGGCCAUAUACAGGCCUUGAUUGAAGAUAGCUUCAAAGAUGAUUCAGAGCACGCUAUGAGAGACCCAAUUCUUUUUGGAGACUUUAGAAUGGCUCUGAAUGAAAGUGAGCCUCGUAUUUAUGAAGACAUCCAGGACUAUGAUGCAGCCAAAGCUCUCUUUCAGGAGAUCCUUGAAGAGUACAAUGAAAUAAACACCAAAAUGAACCUGGUUCUGUUUGAUGACGCCCUGGAGCAUUUGACCCGCGUUCAUCGUAUCAUAAGGAUGGACCGUGGCCAUGCUUUGCUCGUAGGAGUGGGAGGCUCUGGGAAGCAGUCUCUGGCAAGAUUAGCUGCUUAUACGGCCGGAUGCGAGGUCUUUGAAAUCGUUCUGAGCCGAGGAUAUGGAGAAAACAAUUUCCGGGAAGACCUCAAGGUUUUGUAUACAAAACUCGGUCUUGAGAAUAAGUCCAUGAUAUUCCUGUUUACUGAUGCUCAUGUGUCAGAAGAAGGGUUCUUGGAGCUCAUCAACAACAUGCUAACCUCAGGAAUAGUUCCAGCCCUGUUCCCAGAUGACGAGAGAGACAAUAUUUUAAGCCAGAUUACAAGCGAAGCAAUGAAAGCUGGAGCAGGGCCAGCCAAAGAAAGCGUCUGGCAGUACUUUGUAAACAAGAGCGCCAACAACCUCCACAUUGUCCUUGGGAUGUCCCCCGUUGGCGAGACGCUGAGGACACGCUGUCGGAAUUUUCCAGGUCUUGUCAACAACACUGGAAUUGAUUGGUUUCUGCCUUGGCCACCACAGGCUCUGCAUGCAGUAGCUAAGUUCUUUUUGGGGAAUAAUCCCCUCAUCCCCUCGGAAAACACAGAGGGAGUAAUUGAACACAUUGUCAUGGUCCACGACUCGGUCGGAAUCUACAGCAAAAAAUUUCUGCAGAAGCUCAGACGGAGCAACUACGUCACCCCAAAGAAUUACCUCGAUUUCAUUAACACCUAUUCCAAACUGCUGGAGGAGAAGAAUCUGUUCAUUUUAGCUCAGUGCAAACGUCUGGAAGGCGGUUUGGACAAACUCAAAGAAGCCACAAUUCAGCUGGAUGAGCUCAACCUGAAGCUUGCUGAGCAAAGGAUCGUGUUGGCAGAGAAAUCAGCUGCCUGCGAAGCCCUGCUGCAGGAGAUUGCAACAAACACCACCAUUGCUGAGGAGAAGAAAAAACUGGCCGUGGAAAAAGCCAUGGAAAUAGAAGAGCAGAACAAAGUUAUCGCAGUGGAGAAGAGGGAUGCUGAGACGGCCCUGGCAGAGGCAAUGCCCAUUUUGGAGGCGGCAAAACUGGAACUGCAGAAGCUUGAUAAGUCUGACGUCACAGAGAUCAGAUCCUUCGCUAAGCCCCCUAAGCAAGUGCAGACUGUUUGCGAGUGCAUUCUCAUCAUGCGAGGCUACAAAGAACUCAACUGGAAGACAGCCAAAGGGAUGAUGUCAGAGGCCAACUUCCUGCGCUCCCUCAUGGAAAUCGAUUUUGAUUCGAUUACUCAGACCCAAGUGAAAUCAGUCCGAGGGCUACUAAAGAACUUAAACACCACUUUUGAAGAAAUGGAAGUUGUCAGCAGAGCCGGCCUGGGGAUGCUGAAAUUUGUCGAUGCUGUUAUGAGCUACUGUGAUGUGGCGAAGGAGGUCAAGCCGAAGAGAGAAAAGGUGGCCAGACUGGAGCGGAAUUUCUUCUUGAGUAAGCGCGAGCUGGAGAAGAUCCAGGCUGAGCUGGAGAAGAUCCAGAACGAGCUGAAAGCUCUGGGAGAUAAGUACGAGGCGGCGAUAAGGGAAAAACAGCAGCUCCAGGAAGAAGCGGAGAUUAUGGAACGGCGGCUUAUAGCUGCUGACAAACUCAUUUCGGGCCUGGGAUCGGAAAAUAUAAGGUGGAUGAAUGACUUGGAGGAAUUAAAGAGACGGCAAGUGAAGCUGUUGGGAGACUGCCUGCUGUGUGCUGCCUUCCUGAGCUACGAGGGUGCCUUCACCUGGGAGUUCCGUGACGAAAUGCUGAAGGAUGUAUGGCAGUUGGAUAUCCAGACCCGAGAGAUUCCUCUCAGCACACCUUUCCGAUUAGAAAAUCUCCUGACCGAUGACGUUGAGAUUAGCAGGUGGGGGUCUCAAGGAUUGCCUCCAGACGAGCUCUCCAUUCAAAACGGCAUCCUUACCACACGGGCCAGCCGCUUCCCGUUGUGUAUUGACCCACAGCAACAAGCCUUAAAUUGGAUUAAGAGGAAAGAAGAAAAAAAUAACCUGAGGAUGGCUUCCUUCAAUGAUCCUGAUUUCCUUAAGCAACUCGAAAUGGCCAUAAAAUACGGGACCCCUUUCUUAUUCCAUGAUGUUGAUGAAUAUAUAGAUCCUGUGAUUGACAAUGUCUUGGAAAAGAACGUCAAGACUGCUCAGGGCCGAACGUUCGUCAUUCUUGGGGACAAGGAGGUCGAUUAUGAUACCAGUUUCAAGCUAUACCUGAACACUAAACUGGCCAAUCCUAAAUAUUCACCAUCAGUGUUUGGCAAAGCCAUGGUCAUCAACUACACAGUUACUCUGAAAGGUUUGGAGGACCAGCUGCUCAGUGUCAUUGUGGGAUUUGAAAGACGUGAACUGGAAGAACAAAGAGAACAUCUCAUCCAGGAAACAAGCGAAAACAAAAAUUUGCUGAAAGACCUAGAAGACUCUCUGCUCCGCGAAUUGGCAACUUCCACCGGGAAUAUGUUGGACAACGUAGACUUGGUGCAUACUCUGGAGGAAACCAAGUCCAAAGCUACGGAGGUAUCAGAGAAACUCAAGCUGGCUGAAAAGACUGCCGUUGACAUUGACAAGCUGCGCGACGGCUACCGCCCCGCUGCCAAGAGGGGCGCCAUUUUGUUCUUCGUGCUGUCCGAGAUGGCCCUGGUCAACACCAUGUACCAAUACUCCUUGGCCGCCUUCUUGGACGUCUUUGGGCUCUCCCUUCGGAAGUCAAUGCCGGACACCAUUCUUGCAAAAAGGUUGCGAAGCAUCAUGGACACGUUAACGUUCAACGUAUACAAUUACGGCUGCACAGGCUUGUUUGAGAAGCACAAGUUACUCUUCUCCUUUAACAUGACAAUCAAGAUUGAACAGGCUGAUCACAGAGUCCCUCAGGAUGAACUGGAUUUCUUUUUAAAAGGCAAUCUUUCUUUGGAGAAGAGUGCCCGAAAAAAGCCAUGUUUCUGGCUUUCUGAUCAAGGCUGGGAGGACAUCAUCCGCGUCGCUGAACUGUUUCCAGAACAGUUUGGUUCUCUUCCAGAUGAUACGGAGGAUAACCCAAGUGACUGGAAAGAGUGGUACGAUCUUGAUGCCCUGGAACAAAGCCCCUUUCCCAUGCACUACCGGCAGAGCCUCACCUACUUCCAAAAGCUGCUACUUUUACGUUGCUUCCGGGUCGACCGGGUCUAUCGUGCAGUGACUGACUAUGUUACUCUCACGAUGGGUGUGAAAUAUGUCCAGCCUCCAGUGAUCAGCUUUGAAGCCAUCUUUGAGCAAAGCACCCCGAACUCACCCAUAGUUUUCAUUCUGAGUCCUGGCUCCGACCCCGCCAGUGACCUGAUGAAACUGGCUGAUCGGACGGGCUUUGGAGGGAAUCGACUGAAAUUUCUGGCCAUGGGGCAGGGGCAGGAGAAGGUUGCGCUGCAGCUGCUAGAGAACGCCGUGGCCCGUGGGCAGUGGCUCAUGUUACAGAACUGCCACCUCCUGGUGAAGUGGCUGAUUGAUCUGGAGAAGGCACUAGAGAGGAUCACUAAGCCACACCCGGAUUUUCGCUUGUGGCUGACCACAGACCCUACGAAGGGCUUUCCGAUUGGGAUACUCCAGAAAUCUCUAAAGGUCGUCACAGAGCCGCCCAAUGGGCUGAAGCUGAACAUGCGAGCCACCUACUUCAAAAUCUCUCAUGAGUCUCUUGACCAGUGUCCGCACCCUGCUUUCAAGGCCUUGGUCUACGUCUUAGCAUUUUUCCAUGCUGUGGUUCAGGAGAGAAGGAAGUUUGGGAAGAUUGGCUGGAAUGUGCCUUAUGAUUUCAAUGAAUCCGAUUUCCAGGUCUGCAUGGAGAUCCUCAAUACGUACUUGACAAAAGCAUUUGAGCAAAAGGACGACAGGAUUCCCUGGGGCAGCCUCAAGUAUCUCAUUGGAGAGGUGAUGUACGGUGGACGGGCCAUCGACAGCUUUGACCGGCGCAUCCUCAGCAUCUACAUGGACGAGUAUCUGGGGGACUUCAUAUUCGACACUUUCCAGCCCUUUCAUUUUUUCCACGACGACGAGGUUGACUAUAGGAUCCCCGAAGGGAAUUCAAAGGACGCGUUUGUUGAAGAGAUAGAGUCCCUUCCGCUUGCUAACACGCCAGAGGUGUUUGGCCUUCAUCCUAAUGCUGAAAUUGGAUACUACACACAGGCAGCUCGGGACAUGUGGUCACACCUUUUAGAUCUCCAGCCUCAAACAGGUGAAUCUGGUACUGGGAUAAGUCGAGAUGAAUACAUUGGCCAGGUUGCUAAGGACAUAGAAAACAAGAUGCCUCAGAUCUUUGAUAUUGAUCAGAUAAGAAAAGUCUUGGGAAUUGAAAUUUCACCAACAACAGUAGUGUUACUUCAGGAACUGGAACGCUUUAACAAACUCAUGAUUCGUAUGACCAAGUCACUAGCUGAACUGCAAAGAGCCUUGGCAGGGGAGGUUGGAAUGAGCAACGAACUGGAUGAGGUGGCCCGCGCGCUCUUUAAUGGGCACAUUCCAAACAUCUGGAGAAAGCUGGCUCCUGACACGCUGAAAACACUGGGCAACUGGAUGAUUUAUUUUAGGAAUAGGUUUCUCCAGUACACAUCAUGGAUCGAGGAGGGUGAACCCAGUGUCAUGUGGUUGUCAGGACUACAUAUCCCCGAGUCCUACCUCACUGCACUCGUUCAGGCCACCUGCAGGAAGAACGGCUGGCCUUUGGACCGCUCUACUUUGUAUACCCAAGUGACCAAAUACAGGACUGCAGAGGAGGUCACAGAGCGUCCUGGACAAGGAUGCUUUGUUUCUGGCUUGUACCUGGAAGGAGCAGACUGGGAUUUGGACAACAGCUGCCUCAUCAAGAGUAAGCCCAAAGUACUGGUUGUUGAUUUACCCAUUCUGAAGAUAAUCCCCAUCGAGGCUCAUCGACUCAAGUUACAGAACACCUUCCGGACCCCAGUGUACACAACAUCCAUGCGCAGGAAUGCGAUGGGUGUUGGCUUGGUGUUUGAAGCUGACCUUUAUACCACAAGGCAUAUUUCUCAUUGGGUUCUCCAAGGUGUUUGCCUCACGUUGAAUGCUGACUAGUGCGUAGAUACAAAGGGGGGCUGCAGCUUUGCUACAAACUCUAUUGAUGGGGAAAGAUACAGAAAGCUGAACGAGGCACUACGUUGCAGUGUUCCUGCCACUGAAAUACCGCUUCCAGCUUCUGAAGACACAUAAUAGAUUGGUCUAAAACCAUAUUUUAAAUUACCACUGGUUAGAUUUUUACAAAU